AUGUCUCCAGGCUUCCACAUGUCUUCCUUCUCUUCUCUUCAGGUCCCAAAGGACAUCUCCGCGGGCUUGAGACCCGGCAUGAACAGUGUCACAGUGUCCAUAGAGGAUGAGCAUCCUUCCAGCUAUGCAUUUGCCAUUGUGCGGACGCAGCCCCGCACCGCGGAACAGAUCGCAGAGGACACCAACAGUUGCGAGGAGGACGAUGCCUUACGGCGUGUCUGCAUGCUGUUAAAGGAUACAUGGGGCAUCAAGGAGGUGGAGAAUGGCGAUGCCAAAGAGGAGUUUCAGAAGGAGCCUGAAGAUGAGAAGAUGGAGGAUGCAGAGAACGCCCCCAAGGCAGAGCCUGACAAGCUUGAGGAGAAGGACAUUCCAGAGAAGGAUGCGGAUGAAAAAGAUGAAGCAAAGCCAGCUCCCGAGCCAGAGCUACCCAAUGGCACUGCGACCAUUGAUUCCGAUGAGGAGGUGACUUGCGUCCUCUCCAACAAGCUCAAGCUUCGCUGUCCUCUCUCCUUCGAACGGGUGGAUAUCCCCGUGAGGGGCGAGACCUGCAUGCAUUUGCAGUGCUUUGGCCUAGCUGCUUACUUGGAGUCCAACUUGAAGAUGCGAGCCCUGAACAACAGUCUGGGCACGUCAAAGAACCUGUGUUGGUCCGGUUUCCUGGAAGAAUCUUUGGACGCCAUGGGCCAAUCAGCCAGCACUGCGGAGAUGCCUGAGGCCCAAGAAGGCCAGCACACCAUCAGCCUGGCGGCCACAGAAAUCAUCCGUGUGGCGGGCAUGUCUGGCUACCACACCUCCGUCAUCGUGGAUGACCAGGAGUAUUUCUUCGACUCCAUUGGCAUCCUCGAGGCCAAGCCCCUCUUCAGCCACAUGCUGCCAGAGCCGCCAGAGCCUGACAUCGAUGCGACCGGCCUGGACCUCCCGCCCAGCAGACACCCCAGCGGACCACUCCGAAGCCCCAGCCGGGAGCCGGUGGUGACGCGGAUCGGGUCCAGCGCCUACAGCGGGAGGGACCUGGUGGCGGCCUUGCACCAGUACUUCGAGCGUGGUACUUAUGAUGUCUUCUACAAGAACUGCAACACCUUCACGGACGCCGCCUUGUACUUUCUGACGAAGACUCGGAUGCCCGCCUACUGCAACCGCAUCGAGCGCUUGGUCACCGCCACGGACCCGGUCUCGGUGAGCUUGUUGAAUCGGAUCUUCAAGGCGAUGGUGGAGCAUCAACAAGGAGUGGAGGUGGAGGGCGACAUCUAUGUGCCCAAUCCACUUUCCGCGGGCUUCUCCGUUGAGAAACUCAUCCGGAAGUUGGAAGGAGAGUCGGAGACCGAGUCCUCGGGCUCCGACUCCGAGGAGUCGGAGGACGAGCCACCCAGCUUGGCCCGAAGGCUCUCAGAGCUGCCCAGCAAGCUGGUGGAUAAAUAUGUGCAGAAGGUCUUAGCUGAGACCCCUGCCGAUGUGGAGGAGGUCAUCAUCGAGAAGGAUGGCAGCUACCGGAUCGUGGAAGAAGAGCAGGAAGAAGGCGCGAGCAUCAAGGAGAAGGCGAAGAAAGAUGCAGAGAAGCCUGGUGAGGAGGGCGAUGAGAAGACUUCCGGCGAUGGACAGGAUGGCCUCAAGCGCAAGGGCACGGACGAUGGCAUCGAGGUACCAUUGUCCAAGCGCCAGCGGCGGCGGCAGAAGAUUUUGGAAGCGCGUGGGGGGCUCCCACACCAUGAAGAGGCCCCUGCGGCUGAGACGGUGACCACCGAGCCUGACGCGCCAGCCACCGUCUGA